AUGACCGAUACAGCGGCACCGCGGCAGGUUGCCUGCCAGGGAUGUAGCACGCAGACCACAACGGCCUUCCAGUGCCCGCUGUGUCAAGCGGAGGCAGCAGUGGAUCGCGGCUUCUUCUGCACUCAGGAGUGCUUCGCCAAGAACUGGCUGAAGCACCGCAACACCCUCCACAAGAGCGGCGUGGUGCGGGAAAUGAAGCGUCCGCCGGCUGGCGCUGCGGCUGCCGCCCCCGCAGGGGCCACAGAGAAGGGCCGCAAGGCACGUGGCGGUAAGCGUUCCCGUGCAGGCGAUGAGGCUGCCAGCGGCACGGGUACAGACACAAGCGCCGAUAAGGAGGCUGCCCCUGCCGGAACGCUUGCCCCCUGGCCGCCACUGCCCAACGCGGCGGUGUGCAAGAAGAACAACUGGGCGCAGGUCACCCCGGAGCUGCCGCUCGAUGUGCCCCGCGCAGUCGUGCGCCCUGUCAUGACGGAGGCUGCGAAUGGCAGCGCCGAACAGCCGCUUCAGUGCUGCCUGUGGUCUGCGAUGCUAGCUGCCGCGCAGUACGUGGCGUUAUCUGUGCAGCGCAAUGCGGCGCCGUCGGCCAUGCAGGCGCUGGUCGUGGCCGGAGACGUGCAUAGCGCCCACGCCUUCGCGUGGGCAGCGCGGUGUGUGGGUCUCGCCGGCAUGCUGCAGCUCGCCGUCUCAGAGCAGCCGACCGAAUCAAGCGUCGCCGCCGCCACUAGAAACAGCAGCAGCAGCAACACCGCGAGCACUGCUGCCGCCACGGCGGCAUCGCCCUCCCGCUACUUCACCUCCCAUCGGCGUAUCGUCAUUGCCACGUCGGCGGUGGUGCGUGCCUCGGCACUGGCUCGAACGUCGUCGUCGACGGCGGCGAGCGGAGCCGCGUCGUUGUGGCUGACUGGAGCGCCGUCGCACUCCCUGCUGGUUACUCUCCCCGACGUCGUGGAUGCAGAGGAUCUGCAAGGGGUGCAGACCCGAGCCGUCUUCUUCACAGGGCCGGCCGGCCCCACAAGCGACGAUGCGGCGAAGGACGACGGCGAUGAUGGCGUGGUGUCGUACACCUACACCUCACUUGAGGUGCUGUGCGAGGAUAGGCAGCCGCUCUGCUGGAAGCCAAUAGCGCGGUCCGCCCCGGGUUCCUCGACCCCGAGCAGCAACACUGCUGGAAGCGGCGGCGCAGCAGCAGCAGCGGCAGCGGCGGCUGCCUCAUGUUUGGACGAUGAAGUCUGCACGUGCUUCGCCAACGGCGACAUGGCUGCUGCGCUUCAGCGGCUCGUCCGCUGCUACCAGCAUCAGCCAGGGCACCUAGAGUCGAAGCUGUACUACACGCUGUGCUGCAACUGGGGCGCCGCCAGUCUCGUCCACGCGCACCAUCGCCUCGCGUACGUGGCGCGCUUUCUGUGUGACCGCUCUGUCCGCUUCGAGGCGCCCAAGAACGCAACCCUUGCCGCCGCGGCGCUCCGCGCGAUAGCGGCCGUGUGCCGACUGCUGCCGCGCAUGGCGGACGUCGAAGCCGAGGCCGCCGCAGCGGCGGCUAACGCAUCGAGCCAGGAGAGCGCCAGCGACGCCGCCAACAAGUCGAAGAAACGCCGGCUGCACACGAACGAGGUGGCAGCAGCGGCGCCGUACGCGCCAUCCCUCGCCUCCACCACACGCCCCACGCCGGCCGUCGCCAGCGGCGUCAGUGCCCCCUCGGCGCAGGAGGUGGCCCGCUACGCAAACUACUACACCCACCUGCCCAACCUGCAGUUGCAGGCGACGGUGUGCCAUCUAUACCCCAUCGCCUCCCCGGCCGUACUCGACACCUUCGCCAUGGCGUGGGGACUGUACCGGUACCUCCCUGGCCCGAGCAGCCUCGACGGUGCCAAUCACGCCCGCAGCGCAGCCGUGCACCGUGUCCGGCAACGCUUCACAACGAAGCUUGACAGCGCCAAUGGCGUCUUCUACAUCAUUCUCAUGCAUCUCAUGUACGAUGCCGUCGGCCCAUACUCGCUCCCGGUGGACGAGGUGAACCGCCGCCUGCAGUGGGAUCUGACCCUCGCCCACGACGCCGGGUCGCUGGAAGCGUACCUGCGUUGCUGUGGCCUCCUCGUGGCGGACGACGGCCUGCUGCUCCCCACGUCGAGCAAGCAGCGGGUGCGGAAGAUGAAGAAGGGCGACCGUGCUGCAUCGCCGCCAGCAGUGCUAUCGAGCCGCCUGAAAGGGUCGCGCGAGACGACGCAGUCGCGAACUGAGCAGCUGCGCUGCUUCGCGGUCAAGUCGAUGCCCGGCAUCGCCGGUGCCGCAGCUGCGGCGUCGAGCGGCAACUACGGCGUCAUUGAGCUUCCGUGGAAGACGUUCCCCAUCACGGGUGAGCGGCAGCGACAGGUGGCUCGCCUGCACCAGGCGGCCGUGGAGGAACUGCUGAUGGCGAUGCCACGCGUGCCACGUCCAAUGUACAUCGGCGACGUCGGCAACCUCAUCGGCAAGUGGAUGCACUUCAACUCGCGCUUCGAUGGCAUCCUCGGCGUGAACCUUCAGGCCUUCCUCGAGCAGCACCCAGAGGCGUUCAAGGUGCUUGACAACAUAGUCACGCGCCGCACGGCGGGUAAGACGGAGCAGGUCCGCAUUCGCUUCGACGGCGACGACGAGCAUGACAACGACGACAGCGACGAUGACACCAACCGCGCCCGCAAAGCGUGCGACCGCCAGCUGCUGACGGGGCAGAGUCGCUCCAAGAGCGGAGGAAAGGGCACCGUCGAGCUGCCCGCGCGCGCGCGCAAGAAGCGUGCCAUCAAGGAGUUCAACAAGGAGCGGUUCAACCGCAACUACAAGUCGAUCGACCCCUCGGCGCGUGUGCCGGGCUACAUCAAGCGCGGCCCACGUCGCAUCAAGGGGCGUGGCAAGAAGGCGAACAAGCGUGGCGUGAAGCGCGGCGCGUAG